CGGGACCUCCCAUGCGCUUACAGAGGGCCCCGUUCUCCCCCCCCGUGGGCCGGGGGGGUUAUCCCGGACCCCACCGGGGAGGCAGUGACCACCCACGACUCCUGAGCGGCGAACCGAGCAGCCAGAGAUCGCAUGGUGAAAACCAAAAUGGCCGCCGCGUCCAUCACAAGCUGGAGAAUAAUGGCGGCAGCCAUGGAGCAACGAACCGAAAGACGCCUACCAGACGACUCUAAGGAGCGCACAACCAGCCUGCACACACAACUCAUGCCAGCAUUGGUGAAGGCAACAUCUCACAUGGUAACCGGCAGGGACUCACUUGGGACUAUAACCCUAAAUAAGCGAGGAGCGCCAGACAAGAGACACAAGCUCCCUUAUUAUACCUGA